AUGGACGGCUUCGACUACGUGGGCGACGAGGACCAGUGUCUCCUGCUCACGGACGGCUUCGCCCGCUUCAUCCAAGUGCUCUUGGGCUUCUGCGCUAUGGGCGUGCUCUACGUCAAGCGCGAGCUCGAGCAGCCCAAGCGCUCCUUCAACGUCUGGACCUAUGACGUGAGCAAGCAAGGCAUCGGCGCGCUCAUGAUCCACAUGCUCAACAUCCUGCUCUCCAUCUUCUUGACACGCAGGGCCGACGUCAGCGACGACGAGUGUGCAAUCUACUUUAUGACGUUCCUCAUUGACGCGACGCUUGGCACUCUUCUCGUGCUAAUUCUGCUUCGCCAGAUGAAGAAGCUGGCGACGCGGUUGCAGUGGACAUCGAUCAUGCGCUCGGGCGAGUACGGCGACCCGCCCAACUUUCGCAUUUGGCUCAAGCAGCUUCUCGCCUACGUCGUGCUGCUGCUGACCAUGAAGUGCCUCGUCAUCCUCCUCAUGUACACGGCCUACAAGCAGCUCGCGGCGAUCGCAACGUCCGCGUUUGCCGUCUUCGCGCGCCACCGCCACUUGGAACUCGUCCUCGUCAUGAUCCUCGGUCCGUGCGCCAUCAACGUCAUCCAGUUCUGGGUCCUCGACAACGUCCUCAAGACUACAACGACGACCGCCAAAGGCGAGUACGUGGCAACGCCCACGACCGACGACGGUGACGCCAGUCUCCUCGACGACACGCCGUCACCCUAG